AUGGAAGCUAUUGAAGGGAUGAGAGUGGCUUUGGGUGCUGCUGUUGUGCUCAACUACUGUCUGCAGGGGCUGUUCCAUCCUGCUAGGAAGGUUAGGGAGGUGUACUGGAAGAUUUACAACUCGCUGUAUAUUGGAGCUCAAGAUGCCCUUGUAGCAUCCUACCCUUUGCUGGAGGAUGAGGAUCAUAACGUAUAUACUCGGCCUGAGCUAAUGAUGUUUGUAUGA